GUAAAUAGUCUACUAGUGUAAUUAGGGGGAAUGGAGGUACAGGAGCUCAUUUCUGAUGCAAGAGAAAUCCGAAGACAAAGCCGGCUCCAUUUCUGUCACACAACAGAAACCAUCACCAAUCAUCUAGCACUCUAUAAUCUAUCCCUCUGUCUAAGUCUUUUUUCUCUCUGUUUUUGUUGAUAAACUUGAACUAGUACUUUAUUCUUAUGCUUUACCUCGUCUUUCCCUCCUCUAAUUCAUUUUGUCUCCUCCCUCAAGCUGCUGAUCCGAUAUCCAUACACAAGAUUGAGUUUACAUUUUUACAUACACGUAUAUACCCUUUCAAUCUCUCUAUACUACUUUGAAAAGAUUUGCUUCACGAAUUAAUUUGGGUGCAUGAUCGGCGAUACUGAAGAUUUUUAGGAUUGAAUAAAGUUCUGAUUUUGAGGAGGUAAAAUGGGUUGUUUUCCGUGCUUUGAAUCAAGGGAGGAGGAAAAGCUUAAUCCCCAGAAAGAGAGAGACGGCCGCAACGAAAACCACCUUUCUCUUCCCUCCAACAUAUCUCGGUUGUCUUCUGGAGCAGAUAGACAGAAAACAAGAAGCAACGUGGGAUUAAGGAGGGAAUCAUCAGGGCCAAAGAAUGCACCUGAUGCUCUGAUUGCUGCUCAAACAUUCACUUUUCGUGAGCUUGCAGCUGCAACAAACAAUUUCAGCCCAGAUUCCUUCUUAGGGGAAGGAGGAUUUGGAAGUGUUUACAAAGGGCGGCUUCAGAGCACUGAUCAGGUUGUAGCUGUUAAGCAACUGGAUAGAGAUGGUCUUCAGGGAAACCGGGAAUUUCUAGUGGAGGUUCUCAUGCUCAGCCUUCUCCACCACCCUAACCUAGUAAACUUGAUAGGGUACUGUGCUGAUGGGGACCAGCGGCUUCUUGUAUAUGAAUUCAUGCCCUUUGGAUCACUAGAAGAUCACCUUCAUGAUCUUCCACCUGAUAAAGAACCAUUGGAUUGGUACACAAGAAUGAAUAUAGCUGCUGGCGCAGCUAAAGGUUUGGAGUAUCUCCAUGAUAAAGCAAACCCUCCUGUUAUUUAUAGGGACUUCAAGUCAUCUAACAUAUUACUAGAUGAAGGAUAUUUCCCAAAGCUUUCUGAUUUUGGGCUUG